AUGAGGCUAAGAACAACUGUCUAUGUGCCUUUCUUUCUGCACUUCGACCAGGAGUGCACAAAUCCUGAAUCAUUGAAACAUGUAGAGGAUGCUAUGCAGUCCAGUGUGGCUGUGUAUGUAACAAUUAGGACCGAGCGAUUUGCGGACUCUCCCUUCUGCAAUGACAUCUUCCAGUCGGUGGAGGAGCAAGGAGCGUUCGCGCGAAUCACAUGGGGACAGCUAAAGCCGAUGCUUCGUGGCAAGGUUCUCUACACUCCGAACACCCCUGCUGUUCUCAGGGUGCUGAAGGAGGCCAAUCUGACCUUCGAUGCGUUGGCGAGGGUGCAGACCCUGGCAACGUACUACAUGGACGUCAUCUACCCAGACCUGUGGGAAUGGUUGAAUAGCAGUGCCACGAUAACCAUGCUGAGGGACGCUGCGUCGAGCCCCGUGCUAGCCGAGGCGCUCUACCAGCGCUGGGAAAUUGACCUCCGAGCGGAGAUGAGCGUGCUCUCACGGUUUCUCAACAACGGGCCACGAGUAUUCGGCGAUCCAGACUGGCGGGACUUGAUGGAGCUAUCGUUCACCGUUGCUAACCUCACGAACGAAAUCCUCGGCUGUUUUGAGCUGGAUAAGUUUGAGGCGGUGGAGGAUGAGGAGGCUGUGGUCCUACGCGGGCUGGAGCUUCAGAAGGACAGCCUGCUGUGGGCGGGGCUCGUCUUCGAGACGACGUCAGCCGACGACGCGACGGAGCUACCCCCGCACGUCACGUUCAAGAUACGCAUGGACAAGGAGCGGGUGGACAGUACGACGAGUGUGCAGGACAAGUAUUGGAGCAUGCGGCCGCGCAGCAACCCCCAGACCGACAUGAAGUACAUCUUCUACGGGUUCUCCUACCUGCAGGACAUGGUGGAGAACGGCAUCGUUAAGGUGCAGACGGGAGCGAAGGACCUCGUCGGAGCUUACGUGCAGCAGUUCCCCUCGCCAUGCUACGUCGACGACAAGUUCAUGUAUGCGAUCUCGGGGAGCCUUCCCAUGUUCAUGACCCUCGCCUGGAUCUACUCCGUCGCGAUGAUCGUGAAAAACAUCGUCUACGAAAAAGAGAAACGACUGAAGGAAGUCAUGAAGAUGAUGGGACUGUCUAAUGGACAGCUGUGGCUCUCCUGGUUCAUAGACUGCUUUGUCGUGAUGUUCAUCACAGUGAUCGUACUUGUCAUCCUAUUCAAGUAUGGAGGAAUCUUGGAGCAUUCGAAUCCCUGGGUUGUGCUACUGUUUAUGACCGUGUUUACUGUCACCACGAUCAGCUUUGCCUUCCUUGUCAGUACCUUCUUCUCCAAAGCCAACCUCUCGGCUGCGGCUGGUGGAAUCAUCUUCUACUGCAUCUAUCUGCCAUACCUCUUCACCUUCCAGUGGCAGGAGGUGAUGUCCUCUUCUCAGAAAAGUGCUCUGAAUCUGUUAUCGAACGUGGCGUUUGGCACGGGCAGCUACUACCUCGCUCAGAUGGAGCAGAAGCAAGAAGGAGCGCAGUGGCACAACCUGUGGCAAUCGCCGAUACCCGGAGACAACUACAACUUUGCGAUGUGUAUCAUUAUGCUGGCAGUAGAUGGCGUCAUCUAUGCGGUGCUUACCUGGUACAUCGAGGCCGUGUUUACAGGCGAGUACGGGGUCCCGCGGCCAUUCUACUUCCCGCUGACGAAGUCGUACUGGUGCGGGACCAAGCCGACCGUGAACCAGGUCGUUGACGAUUACACGGAGCGCGACGUAGAGAUGGACCAUGAUGAUGCCAUCUUGCGCACAGGUAACGGGACGAGCAUCGAGCGUGAGCCGGCCCACCUGAAGCUGGGUGUGUCUGUCAGGAACCUGAGGAAGGUCUACCAGCGAGGACAGAAGCCAGCCGUUGACGGUCUCUCGCUCAACUUCUACGAGGGUCAGAUAACGUCGUUCCUCGGCCACAACGGAGCCGGAAAAACCACCACAAUGUCUAUACUGACUGGCCUGUACGUUCCUACGUCUGGCACGGCAUUCAUCCACGGACACGACAUCAUGACCAGCAUGGAUGACAUACGGAAGAGUUUGGGCAUGUGUCCUCAACACAAUGUCCUAUUUGACCAGCUCACUGUAGAAGAGCACAUCUGGUUCUAUGGACAGUUGAAGGGAUGUAGUAAGGAGAGGAUUGAGGUGGAGAUGGGUAAGAUCAUUACCGACAUAGGCCUGCCCCACAAGCGCCAUGAGACAUCCAACCAUCUGUCAGGUGGCAUGCAGCGAAAGCUCUCCAUCGCGAUCGCGUUUGUCGGCGGAUCCAAGACAGUGAUACUGGACGAGCCGACAGCUGGGGUCGACCCGUUCGCUCGCCGCAGCAUAUGGGACCUACUCGUCAAAUACAAGAAAGGUCGCACGGUCAUCCUGUCCACACAUCACAUGGACGAGGCGGACCUGCUUGGAGAUCGCAUCGCCAUCAUAUCGCAGGGCAAGCUCUGCUGCUGCGGCUCCAGCCUCUUCCUGAAGAACGUCUACGGCAACGGAUACUACCUCACGCUCGCCAAGGCCGAGAAACACCACAGCACGGACGGCAGCGGCGGCGGUUCAGAGAUGGGCAGGUCGCUCACAGAGAGUACGAUGGCACUGAUGAUACAGCUGAAGAGGAAAAUGAGACUAAAUCCACAGCCUCCUGCAGCUUCCUACGUUAUUCACCACGAAUCUAUGACAACUACUAUAGACGACCAAUUGGAUGCCAGCGACAAGGUGGUCAGCGGUGGUGAACUCCGACGGCAGCAGUUUAGCGCCCUCUAUAUCAAGCGUUUCCACAAUUCGAUGCGCAGCAGGAAGGGUUUCUUCUGUGAGAUUAUUCUGCCAGCAUUGUUCAUAUGCAUGGCGAUGGUGUUUGCAGUGUUCACGCCGGGCAUCGGCAACCAACCAGAGCUGGAACUCACACCGUGGCUGUACGGCCCUCCAAACUAUGUCUUCUACUCUAAUGAUGCUCCGGGCAACGUUUCCUCUGAUCGCCUAGAGAGGGCACUACUAGACCCUCCAGGACUCGGCACUAGAUGCAUGCUCGACUACAGCAUACCUUCGAAGCCGUGCGUUCCCGUCAACAACUCCGUGUUCGGUCAGACAAUCCUGCCAGCAGACGUCAUGGAACUGCUCCUCAACGGAAAUUGGACGGAGGAAAACCCAAGUCCGGCUUGUAGCUGCGAGGAAACUGGAUUCCAGGAAUGUCCUGCUGGUGCGGGUGGAAUGCCACCACCCUACAUGCUGGCCGAUACAACUGACUAUAUACAGAACAUGACCGGUCGUAACAUCACAGACUACCUGCUCAUGACUUAUAACGAGUAUGAGACAUCAAGGUAUGGCGGCUUUUCCUUCGGCGUGGUGAACGAGGCUGCUGUAGCCAACACGACCCAGCUGGCGGCGUCCAUAGCUCAGCUGGCAGGUUUCAUGUCUCAGGUCGGCAACUUCAGCGACGAAUUCUGGCAGCAGCUUACACAGACUAUAGAGGAUCUCAGCACGAGAGACAACACCAUGGUGUGGUUCAACAACAAGGGAUGGGCGGCGAUGGUUGCCUACACUAACAGUCUGAGCAACCUGAAGCUGAGAGCUAACCUGAAUGACAGCGUGGACGCGCGGCAGUACGGCAUCACGGCGGUCAACCAUCCGAUGAACCUCACACAGGAUCAGCUAGCGAGGAAAGCAACGAAUCAGGAGUUUACAGCGCUGUCGAUCGCCGUCUGUGUGAUAUUCGCAAUGUCGUUCAUUCCUGCGAGUUUCGUCAUGUUCCUGAUCGAUGAACGAACAUCAAACGCCAAGCACCUUCAGUUUGUCAGUGGCCUCAACCCAACAAUGUACUGGGUGGGAAACUUCACCUGGGACAUGUGUAACUACCUCAUCUCCUGCAUACUCUGCAUCAUUAUCUUCGUGGCGUUCAAUCAGAAAGCUUACGUGUCAGCGGACAACAUUGGAGCUCUCAUCACCAUCCUCGUGCUGUAUGGCUGGUCGAUCAUCCCGAUGAUGUACCCGUUGAGUUUUGUGUUCAACACUCCGAGCACUGCCUUCGUCGCUCUGUCAUGCGUCAAUCUGUUCCUCGGCGUAGUAUCGACCUGUGCGACGUUCAUCCUCCAAUCGCUACAGGAGCCGGACCUUGACGACAUCAACGAGAUCCUGAUGCGGGUCUUCCUCCUGCUGCCUCACUACUGUCUCGGCCGCGGCCUUAUGGACAUGGCGUCCAAUCAGAUCAUGGUCGACACGUUCGCUAAGUACGGCGAGUACGUGUGGCGUAAUCCGUUCGAGUGGGACUUCCUCGGGCGCAACGUCGCGGCGAUGGUCGGCCUCGGAACCCUCUUCUUCCUCUUCACCAUCUGCUGCGAGUACCGAUUCUGGUGGAAGCAGAAGCCGGUGGAGAUUGACGCUGCCAUGCUGGACGGGGAGGACGUGGACGUGUCGAGAGAGAGGAGCCGCGUUCUCAACGGCCAGGCCUCCGACGACGCUCUCCUGCUGAGAAAUCUCACAAAGAUCUGUAAGACUAAUAAGGGCAAUCUGACGGCUGUGGACCGGCUGUGUGUGGGCGUGCCUCGCGGUCAAUGCUUUGGCCUGCUAGGGGUCAACGGUGCGGGCAAGACCACGACCUUCAAGAUGCUGACCGGUGACGUAUCUGUGAGCGGAGGCAACGCUUACCUCAACAACUACAGCAUACUGACGGAUCUAAAGUCGGUAAAGCAUCAGACAAUCUCGCCGUACUGCCCUCAGUUCGAACGCACUCAUACCCUCCUCACGGGACGAGAGCAUCUACAGCUGUUUGCACGGCUGAGGGGCAUCGCCAAUGAUGACCUUGAUCAGGUAGUGAUAGAGGUGGUGACGGUCGAUCAAGCGCUUGGACUGAGUGACUAUCAAGACCGGCCAGCCGGCAAUUACUCUGGAGGAAACAAACGCAAGCUGUCAACCGCCAUCGCUCUUAUUGGUGACCCGCCCGUGAUAUUCCUGGACGAGCCAACAACGGGCAUGGACCCGAAGUCACGCAGAUUCCUGUGGAACUGUAUCCUGUCCAUCGUCAAGAAUGGAAGAUCUGUGAUUCUCACCUCACACAGGUUUGGUGGAGGUUACACCCUUGUCGUGCGUAUCAUGGGCGACGCACCAGAUCUAGGAGUCAUGAUGCAGUUCGUAUCCACUAACUUUCCGGGAGCGAUCUUAAAGGAACAGCAUCACAACCAGCUGCAGUAUCUACUCAACACGAACUCUGUGUCUCUCGCUCAGCUGUUUCACACGAUGGAAGCGGCUAGAGGACCUUACAACAUAGAGGACUAUUCCAUCAGUCAGACAACACUGGAUCAGGUGUUUGUCAACUUUGCUAAGAUGCAGACAGAUCUACUGGACAAGGACACUGCAUUGCUAGCGUCACAGCUCUCUCUCGUGAACGGAAGCUGCGCGACAGUUGAAGCCCACCCGUCCAGCCUAGCAAGUGUGCCUCAGGGCUGGGAGCAGGACAUGCUACCUCACGCUGAUGCUGAUGAUGCUGAUGCUAAUGUUCCCGACAUUGUUGCAUUUUAAUUACCGACUGGCUUCGGUGUGAAUUGGAUACCAGACCAUCAUCUCAAAUGCGCACGUACGCACGCAUGCACGCACGUGCAUACAUGUACGCGCGCGAACCCGCAUGCACGCGUAGCUACG